AUGAGACUAUUCCUCCAAGGCACUGCAAUCCUCGCUCUUCUUGUUGCCAACGCAUCGGCCGCAAAGAGUGGCCUUUUUGCUGCUAACGGCGUGGAGCUCGAAAUUUACCAAUCUGGCGAGGAUAUUUUCUAUGGAGAGCCAGCAAGAGAUCUUGAGGGUCGAGGAACUAACGCGUGCACCAAGUGUGUGGGUCAUCACGGAAGCUGUGUUGUAGGGGAGGGGAACUGCUAUGCUCCUGAUACGUGUGCAUUCUGUGGGGGUUGUUCUGUCAACCAGGCUCGUUGCCAGAACCCCGACAAGGAAGGCUGCCAGUGCUAUAAAUGA